AUGACGGCGCAGCUUUAUGCUGCUGCACCUUACCUCAUGCCCCGCAGCAGAAGCAGCAGCAUAGGCUUAGAAGACACCCAGCAGCAGCAGCAGCAGCAGCAGCAGCAGCAGCAGCAGCAACAGCAGCAACAGCAGCAGCAGCAGCAGCAGCAGAGAGAAACUUCCUCCUCGUUCGGCUCUCUAUCCUUCGAGCUACGCAAGGGGGCGUCUCUGCCCUGGGGAGGAGCAUCCACUGGUGCUGCUGAUGUGCAGCAGCAGGAGCAGCAGCAGCAGCAGCAGCAGCAGCAGCAGCAGCCGCAGCAGCAGCGAACAGAUUCUCUGCUGAGCUGGAGUGGCAUUGGUAAUGCUGUUGCAGCAGCAGCAGCAGCAGCAGCAGGAACAGGAGACAGCAAUUCUGACGUAUAUGAAUCUGCUGCUCCUUCUUUUUCACAGCAACAGCAACAGCAGCAGCAGCAGCAGCAGGGCAGCAGCAGCAGCAGCAGCAGCCGCAGCAGCAGCAGGGGCUUGCUGCUCGCUCCCUGUGAAUCUAUAAGCGACAUAACAGCACAAGGAGAAAUAGAGAGACUCGUAAGACACCCGCAGUUUAUAUCCUGGCAGCAGCAGCUAUUGCAACAGCAGCAGCAGCAGCAGAGGAGCAGCAGCAGCAGCAGCAGCCGCAGCAGCAGCAGGGGUUUGCUGCUCGCUCCCUGUGAAUCUAUAAGCGAUAUUACAGCACAAGGAGAAAUAGAGAGACUCGUAAGACACCCGCAGUUUAUAUCGUGGCAGCAGCAGCUAUUUGAGAGGGGUCAGAAAGCAGCAGCAGAAGACAUGAGUGAAGAUGAAUUGCUGCUGCUGCAGCAGCAGCAGCAGCAGCAGCAGCAACAGCAGCAGCAGCUGCAGAGACUGCUGCUGCAACAACAGGAACAAGAACUUUCGCAACCACAGGAAUCUCAACAGCAGCAGCAGCCAGAACAACAACAACAGCAGCAGCAGCAACUGCAGCAGCAGCAGCAACUGCAGCAGCAGCAGCAGCAGCAGCAGCAGCAGGAGAGCUCGCAGGAAGCAGCAGGGCCCUUCGGUAGUCUCGCCUUUCCUGGCUUGAAGGCGCUGUUUGGCCGUAAGUCGGCAUAA